AUGAAGGCCUCCGUCAGAUCUCUGCCCUCAGCAGCGCCCCGAGCCUCCCUCUUCACAGCAUGGCGGCCACCUCCACAGACCCGCAGCUUCUCGAAAAUCAACCCGUUCCGCCAGCAGCAAUCUGCUCCGCGUCGACAACAAGCCUUCGUCAGCCCUAUGCAGUCUAUGCGCGCCGAAAGCAGCAAAAAGAAUCAAACGACCCUCAUAUACGGCAUUAGCGUUUGCAUAGCCACCCUCGCCCUGGCCUACGGCUCUGUCCCUCUCUACAAGAUGAUCUGCCAGCAGACCGGCUGGUCAGGCCAGCCCGUGAAAGCACACGACUACGCUGGCGGGGACCCUGCGGCUCGUCUAAGACCUGUUGACAACCACCGAAGGUUGAAGAUCACCUUCAACGGCUCUGUCUCCGACGUCCUACCCUGGAAGUUCACGCCUCAGCAAAAAGAAGUCCGUGUCCUGCCCGGCGAAACCGCUUUGGCAUUCUACACGGCUACGAACAAGAGUCAGGCGGAUAUCAUCGGUGUCGCGACAUAUAGUGUAACGCCGGCGCAGGUAGCGCCGUAUUUCAGCAAAAUCCAGUGCUUUUGCUUUGAGGAGCAGAAACUGAACGCGAAUGAGACGGUGGAUAUGCCGGUGUUCUUCUUCAUUGAUCCGGAAUUUGUCAAGGAUCCGGCGAUGAGGGGUAUUGAUACGAUUACGCUGAGCUAUACGUUCUUCAAGGCUAGGUAUGAUAAGAACGGGGUGUUGACUACUGUGCCGUUGGCGGCGGGGAUGUAA